CUUUGCACUUCGCCGGUCCCGUCACACCGCACGACGGGCCCUUACACCGACCGGUCACCCGUGUCGAUUCUGUUAUCCUUGUAAUUCCACUGUUCUUCCGAGGGUUGCCCGAACACCAGUAUCAGUCAACCCCCAUGCGUUCUUCCCCUAACUCCGCCUCCGCUUUCCAUUCGGACUUCGUACCUCGCCGGUCCCGUCACCCCGUACGACGGGCCCUUACAAAGAGGUUCACACUCGCCAUCCCGACCCCGAUCCCCUUCACAACGAGGCGAUGCGCGAGUUUGAGUGGACGGGGCUUUACAGGGACGUGCUGCGUCACCCAGCCGUGAGGAAGGUGGCACCCAGGUUCGCCGUACAGAUGCCAGUUGAGUAUCACGCCGGCCGAGUGGACGCCUUGCGCUUGGAUGUCUCGCUUGGACGCUACCCAAGCAAGCAGACUGCUUGCCCCCAAGACAUCUUCGCGUCGAUCAAGUUCAAGAGGGCCUCCGUCUUUUCCGACGAGAUGAUGGACGCGCCGGACUGCUUCCACGCAGGAGGAGGGGCGGUGGCCCACACCUGGAGUGAGGGCAAAAAAGACAAGUAUUGCGUGCAGGUCAGCAAAAUGCCCGACAUGGAUGUGCGCUUGCUCCAGCCACUGUAUCUAGGGCCAGUGCACGUCGUCGACUCUGGCAGUAUCUCAUUUGCACUCGACACCCCAUUCCAGCUACGUUCGAAUGGGAACCGCCACAUUUCAGUUGGUUGGAGCGAGUAUUUCUAUUUGGUUGAAGGGACGUUGUCGACUGGUGUCAACACCCCACGCCCCGUUCCACUCGUGACGCAGCUCGUCGUGAUUGCACACGCUCAACGCCAACGCAAAGAUGUCGCCAUCCCCAACACCUGUCAUGGCCCGGUCUACCGACCCAUGACCUUUCGCGGAGAUCCCCGUAUGUCCGUCACCGUACACACACAGAGAUCACCCACAUUUCUGCCACCUCCACUCUCGCACUCGCCUGAUACUCAUCCGACCACCCCGCUCUUGGGGUGGGCCGACCUACAUCGACCCUCGUCGGACAUACGGCUCACCUCGCUAGGUCGACCAACCUGGUCUGCCGCCUUGGUCGACCUCUCAACCUUGCGGCAUCUGUCGGUCAACCUGCUCGCCCGACAGUCGGCCGACCGAUCGGGCCCCGGUACAUAGUUACCUAUAUAAGUCUUGUAGCCCAACUGGUCACCCGUGUCAAUUCUGUUAUCCUUGUGAUUCCACUGUUCUCCUGAGGGUUGCCCGUACACUAAGUUUGGCCAGCCCCCGUUCUGCCUCCCACUAUACACCCUGCUUCCUGUUCAGACUUGGUAUCCCGCUUGGUCCCGUCAACCUGCACGACAGGCCCUUACAUUGUACAUCUUUGUACAUAUCCUCUGUCAUUCUUCACGGAUCAUAGCCGCACUCUCGCAUGCGGCUCGUCAAGACUCGUCCGUGCUCGCUCGAGCGGUUCGACCUCAUGUACCCUCCUUUGU